AUGGAAGGAUCUCACGACCAUUCUAAGAUGCGGGUCAAUAACUAUGCCCAAGGUGCACAUCUGUCAUUUCGAAUUGAUAGCAAUCCUAGUGGACCCAAUAAUGCAGUUGUGUGGUUAUCGGUUGUAUAUAUCAAUGACGAAGAAUACGGCCGGGGAGAAGGGCCUAAUAAGCGAGUCGCAGAAGAGAAUGCUGCAAAUGCUGCUUGGCGGCUCAUUAAGUCUUUGGGAAGUGUCUCAAGAUGA